AUGACUUUUGCCACUCUAGGCAGCUCCAGGUGCCCUCCUUCGCAGAGGUUCUGUGGUUCCUCCAAAUGUUGGCUGAACUUUGUCCUUGCACGUCCCCGGGCUCAUCUGCAAAAUCUACAGUUCAUAAGGGAGCUACUGUACUGACUAUUGGAAGAAAGAGAUUCUGAAAAUAGGGAGAUUCAACAUUGGUCUGAAAUUUCCUGUGGGCUGUAGUCUAGAUGGAAAUGACAUGGAAGAAUCAUGCUCAAGUGGUUUAAAGAUGUUUUGGAUGUUCCUAUUUAUAGACUACAGUAUUUUUUCAAUUAA